GAUUAGCUACAUUCAUCAUGAGUGAUUCCUAUAGUUUCUCACUUACGACAUUCUCUCCAUCAGGACAACUCAAGCAGGUUGAUCAUGCCUUAGCUGCUGUAGCUCAAGGUACUACUAGUUUGGGAGUAAAGGCUUCAAAUGGAGUAGUAAUCGCAACAGAGAAGAAGCAACCAAGCCCAUUAGUUGAUGAUAGUAUGCUUGAGAAGGUAGCACUCAUUUGUCCAACUAUUGGCUGCGUUUACUCCGGAAUGGGACCAGAUUACCGUCAACUCGUAACUGCUGCAAGGAAAUCCGCCCAAGCAUACUGGAAAAUGUACAAUGAAUACCCACCAACGCGAGUAAUGGUAUCAGAAAUAGCAACUAUUAUGCAAGGUGCAACACAAAAGGGUGGUAUGAGACCGUACGGUUGUUCACUUUUAGUAGCGGGAUAUGAUAAGACGAGAGGUUCAACACUCUAUCAAGUAGACCCAUCGGGAUCAUAUUGGGCAUGGAAAGCAUCUGCAAUGGGAAAAAAUAUGGUAAACGCAAAGACAUUCUUAGAGAAGAGAUAUAAUGAUGAAAUAUCACUUGAAGACGCAAUUCACACUUCAUUAUUAACUUUAAAGGAAGGAUUUGAAGGACAAAUGACUGAGAAGACAGUUGAUAUUGGUAUCAUACAAAUACCUAACGAGUGGGAUACAAAGAAUCCACCAGAUGCAUUAGCUGGUGACAAAGCAGGACACUUGCCUGGUAUGCCUGUAUUCAGAAAAUUAACAGAAGAAGAAAUAAAAGACCAUUUGACGUUGUAAAUAAUUAAAUAUGCAUUCUAAAUAUCUUGUUAGUUGUACAUCAU